GUGACUCGGUGCGCAUGCGCAGAGCCGCUGGCGGUUCAGUCUUGUUGAUGUUUUGCAGACGCGUGUUUGUACGAAUUCUUCGAAUCUAAUCACCUUUAAUUUAAUUUAAUUUAAUUUUCAGUUCGUGAUCUGCUCUGGCUUCAUCAGAGCGCUAUGAGUCGAGCGUCUGAAGACGGUCUGAUGUCUCCGGAGUCGAGCGUCACAUCACUGCUGGCCACAUCAGGACUCCUGCAGAGCUCCUUACACCCGGAGCCCGUCCCCAGCAUCAAAUACAGAGACAGACACUACGCUUCUGCCUCAGAGGCGCUGGAUGCGUACAUCACUGACUUCCAGAGCAGUCUGCGGGGCUCUGACACGACGACGGGGAAACUUCAGCUGCCCAGAGAGAGUUCCAAACCUCAUCCCAGAAACAGAGACGUACUAAAGACGAGUUUGACGGAUGAAGAGCUGAUCUUCUUAAACAUUCCCGUCCGGAACAGAGACUCGGAUCGGCUCAGUAUGGCCACUGACGACCUCCUGGCUCUCCCAAAUGACGGCUCUCUCCCCGUGACCCGCACCUCGGCCCUCCUCUCCCGCUCUGGGAGCUUUCCGUUGGGAUUGAGCUUCAACUGUAGCUCCGGGUCGCACUUACGGCCCGUUCUGGCUCAUAAACACUGCAUGCGGCGUCCCGUUCCACCGGUGAGCAGGACAUCCCUCCCUGUGGACCAUAUAAUGAUGGGCGGUUUGCAGUCACACGGUCAAGCUCCUCCCCCCAACAUCCCGCCAGCCAAUCGGACGCAUCCACCCGACACGCCCAGGUCCAGUCACCUCCCGCGCUGGAUGACCAGCCAGAAAUCCGAGAUGGAUUUUUCCGGGAUGACCAGCGUUCCUGAGCUGAAGUACCCGGCGUGGCUGAGACAGUGUGAAGAAUCCUCAGACGAUCAUCUGCUUCCUCCCAGAGUUCCUUCAUGGGUCGGAGAACUGGAGGAGUCCAGUGGAGAGCGUCAGUCGGACACUAAAGGUCAGCGAGAUGUCAAAGGUCACGCAGGAGAGCCGUACGGAUCCCAGUCCAUCGCUCAGUGCAGCCUGAGAGAGCUGCGUUUACAGUCCGAACAGAAACUCGAGGCAGCGAAGAGAGGACAGAUUCAUGAAGGACAACUUUUCAAAGAUGAUAAGAUCGGUUCUCUGAUCUUAAGAGCCGAGCAGGCGUUACACUGGUCUUCUGUUGCUCUCUGUGAGCACAACAGUUCAGGAGAUACGGAGGACGCUCUGGACGCUGACCGAUCCUGGGACAAUCCACCUGUGACGUUUAAAUCUCCAGUGCCAGUGGGCGGCGCUGAGGAGCCUCCAGCACCUGAAGAACUUCAGAGAAGCAAGUCUGCAGCUUCCUGUUCAUCAGGAUACAGCAGCAGAAAGCAUCCUGGUCCGGUGGAGGCGCUCAAACACAUGCUGUUCCGCCUGCAGGCCGUCGAGCACAAGAUCAGCCAAUCACACGCCUCCGGUGACGCCAAAACCUCUGCAUCUUCAUCCGCAGAGCUGGAGAGAGACACACCGGAGCAGGUUCCUCAGCAGGAAACAGAAGAAUCUGACCUGGGAAACGUGGAGUCAUUACAGAGAGCUCUUCAUCACCUGGACAGACUGAAAACACUUGUGGACGACAUGAACGAGAGGAAGGCUAGAGCAGAGGAUGAUGGGAUAGAUUGUACAGACACUCCUGCAGCUAAUAUAACAGACUGGACCAGAAUCAACAAGCAGCUGUGAACCAGAAACCACAGACUGUUAUUAUCCUACAGACACAAGACGCUUCAUGGAUCAUAUUAGCUGGAAAUGUGCUCACCCUCAGGUUAUUCAGGAUUAGGAUGAGUUUGUUUCUUCAUCAGGUUUGGAGAA